AUGGUGGGGGGCUUUAGUCUGGGAAGAGCUUUGGCCCGUCUGGUGUACGGCAACAAGGAUAGCGGGUCCCCUCGCGAUGCGGAGGUGUUCGACGCCGCGAUCAAGCACACACUGGGCUGGUACGUCGUUGUUGGUUCCGUUGCCGUUGUUGUCACACCGCUGCUGUACACCACAGUGCGGGUUAUCGCUGUGAAACGGAAGGCAUUUAUUCUGCAGACAGCAUCUACUCUUGUGCAUCCUUCUGCAGAAGUUAAUGCUGCUGGCAAGACAGUUUCAAGGGCAUUUUUUCUCACCAGCGUGCGGACGUCGGUGGCGGCGCGGCGUAUUCUGGACGCGCGGCGUACCACCGACAAUGAAUUUGCAAUUGUAUUCGCUAAUGAGGUGUUGAGGCUCUAUAUCGAUAGUGCAGUUCGCGUUGUCUUGCGCUUGUGUUUUCGUGACUGCCUCUUCCAUGUGGGUGUUUUCGUGUUUUGUGCUAUGUUGGGUCGAUUCAAUCCCCUCCUGGUGGCUGGUGCAGGGGCUGCUGCUACUGGCGCUGAUGCUGGCGAUAGCGCCACGCCGUUCGGGACACUUCUCAGAGUGGCGCGGCAGGCUUGGUGGGAUAUAUGUCACGGUGCGUUGCUGCUUUACACCGUAGAGGGCGUGACAAGCCCAUACGCCUAUUUCAUCUUCAGUCAGUCGAGUCCGCGCAUGCUGGAGCGUUGGUUUCCAUGGUUUGGCAAAAUCCACUUUGCGGUGGCACGCUGGGUUGAUCCGAGCGUCUACUUGGAUAGCCGCUGGCGCACACCAGACGCGGCGGAUCGCGUUUGGCGUGCCAUGACGCCGAAGGGAUUUGCUGCAAUGUGGUGCUGUCGUUGCGUGAUGCCGCUUCUUUGUCCGACAUAUUACAAGGAAAGUGGUCGUAUUGUUGUAUACUCUUCGGAGGGGGGAAGUGCGUCUCAAGUGGUCGUUGUCGACAUGUGCAAGAAGCCGUGUAAUGGGGUAAAAGUGGAGUCAAAAGAGACCUCUAGAAUCCCCCGUUUGUUGCCGAUAUUCCAAUAUAUGUGCUGGCUCGUAGUCCGCACUGGUAAAACAUCCAUGAUGAUUUUUGCCCUAACCUCAUUUGCCUCAGCCGCAAACUUCUCAUGGCUGCCAUUUCCAUGUACUGGAGGUCCACAGUACGUGGCGCUGUGUUAUGCGGAGAUGGUAUCAAUGAUGUGGUGGGUUUCAUUCCUUGUAAUACGCAGCUCGGUGGGCCGCUCUCUACGGCGCGGCCAAGCACACAAUCCGUUGCAGCCCAUACCAGGCAACGGCAUUAAGGUUAAUGCUUAG